UAUGUGCUCGACACUCGACAGCUGUCUGCACGAAAAGUUUUGAAACUUUUAAAAGUACUUACUUUUUAGUCAUAAUUUAGCCGUUCUUCAUCGAACCUUAUUUCUUCCUAAAACCGGAUGAGACCUCUCUUGAAUUAUUGAUCUACCGUACGGACUCAGCGCUGUCGAAUUGCAUAUUGUUGAUAUUAGCACCUACGUUUGCUAUGCCAGUCGACAUGCGAGUUGGCAGAGAGUAAACUUGAAUAUUUUGGACAUUGCCGUAUACCUAUUUUACACCUUUACGGACGAUUGUAAUUCUUUGUGAACGCUAUUGCUCUGCUGAGUCUGCUGGAUUAAAACAUGGUCCGGAAACUUAAAUAUCAUGAAAAGAAAUUACUUAAAAAGGUGGAUUUUAUUUCAUGGGAAGUGGACAACAACCUUCACGAGGUGAAGAUCAUGCGCAAGUACCACAUUCAGAGGCGCGAGGACUACACCAAGUAUAAUCGGCUUUCUCGGGAGAUCCGAGAGGUAGCUCAGAGCAUUAAAGAUCUUGAUGUCGAAGAUAUAGUGAGGACCGAAUCUACGGGACGGCUUCUCGACAAGCUGUUUCAUUUGGGAUUAGUGCCUACCAAGGAAAACCUUGAACUUUGCAACAAAGUCACCGCAUCUUCGUUCUGCCGGCGGCGCUUACCUGUGGUCAUGGUACGGAAUCAUAUGGCGGAGUCGAUCGCGCUCGCAACACGUUUCAUUGAACAAGGCCGUAUGUUAUGUUCGUGUUGGGCCAGAAGUUGUAAUGGAUCCUGCGUUCUUGGUCUCGAGGUCAAUGGAAGACUUCGUUACAUGGGUGAAUACAAGCGCUAUCAAAAAGAAGGUUCUGGACUACAACGAUCUACGUGAUGAUUUUGAUAUGUCCUGAAUGGUGAGGAUUAUGGAUUGGGUCAUGAACUCGCUGCGCUUUCGGUCUACUGAUCGUUGCUUGUUCGUGCUUGUUGGACGUGUGAAAUUCUUUGUCAGAACCGACUAGGUCCCAUGCACUUGUUUCUAGCUCACUGUUUGGUUUCGGAGUUAUGUGCGGUCAGUUUGCAUAAAUAUAUAUGACUGUUAUCGUUCGAAAGUUUUAUUAAGCCGUGCAUUUGUUAACUUGUCAUUUAACAUUUGCGAAAUCAGUAUGUUUAGAAACUAAAGCGUUGUUUUUGAAAUGCAGACAAUUUACCUGUAAUUUUAUAAAGUCUAUGAGAAGAA